AUGGGGUGGGUUCUACAAUCUGGGUGUUUAUUUUCUGCUGUGUUCGUAGUGUUUAUACAGGGGUAUCACGGAGUAAACUCGGAGCCCACUCAGGAUAAGCAAGCACUCCUUGCUUUCUUCUCGCAAAUUCCACACAAAAGUCGUCUCCUGUGGAACCAAUCUGAUUCCGCAUGCGACUGGGUUGGCGUGCAAUGUGACCCCACAAAUUCGUCUGUUUAUUACUUGAGGCUUCCCGGUGCGGGACUCGUCGGUGACAUUCCGGCGGACACACUGGGUCGUUUGACUCAGCUACGAGUUCUGAGUCUUCGUUCAAACGGACUAACUGGAUCAAUUCCUCCGGAUUUUUCCAAACUCGAGCACCUACGGAGCAUCUAUCUCCAGAACAACCAGUUCUCCGGCGAGUUUCCGGAGAGUGUAACCACGUUGUCUCGGCUGACCCGGCUGGACCUCUCUUCAAACAACUUCACUGGCCCAAUCCCUAUCGCCGUUAACAAUCUAACCCAGUUGACAGGCAUUUUCCUCGAGAACAAUGGCUUCAACGGUACGCUUCCGAGCAUUAAUCCACCAGGCCUGGUGAAUUUCAAUGUCUCGAACAAUCGCUUGAAUGGUUCAAUUCCUCGUGCACUGUCAAAAUUCCCUUCAUCGGCUUUCGCCGGUAACAUUGAUUUAUGCGGUGGACCAUUGCGACCGUGCAACCCAUUUUUCUCUCCACCUUCUCCGGCUCCUUCAGCGCCACCCCACAAGAAAUCCAAAAAGCUUUCUACUGCUGCAAUUAUAGGAAUAUCAAUAGGUGCAGCACUGGGAUUACUACUUGUACUUGUAGUCCUCCUCUGCAUUUGCCUUGGUAGAAGGCAAAGACAAAGAGACUCAACCAAAGUGCAGAAACCACCACCACCACCAGCAGCCGCGGCAGCAGCAGGAGAAGCCGAUACAUCGUCGUCCAAAGACGACAUAGCUGGUGGUUCAGCAGAAGUUGAGAGGAAUAAACUCGUAUUCUUGAAUGCGGGGGCUUAUAGUUUCGAUCUGGAGGAUUUGUUGAGGGCUUCAGCAGAGGUAUUAGGAAAAGGGAGUGUUGGUACUAGUUAUAAGGCGGUGUUAGAAGAAGGCAGCAUUGUUGUGGUGAAGAGGCUAAAAGAUGUGGUGGCUACAAAGAAUGAAUUCGAACAGCAAAUGGAAGUUUUGGGGAAGAUUAAGCAUGAAAAUGUGUUGGCAAUAACAGCUUUUUACUAUUCUAGAGAUGAAAAAUUGUUGGUCUUUGACUAUAUGCCUGCUGGUAGCUUAUCUGCUCUUCUUCAUGGUAGUCGAGGCUCGGGGCACACCCCACUAGACUGGGACAACAGAAUGAGAAUAGCAUUGAGUACAGCAAGAUGCCUCGCGUACUUGCAUGUAUCUGGUAAAGUAGUCCAUGGCAACAUCAAGUCAUCUAACAUCCUCCUCAGGCUAGAAAACCGCGAUGCUUGUGUAUCAGAUUUUGGGCUCAACCAGUUCUUCUCGAGCUCAACCCCACCCAAUCAUCGCGUUAUGGGCUAUCGUGCUCCUGAGGUGCUCGAAACCCAUAAAGUCACAUUUAAAUCCGAUGUCUACAGCUUUGGAGUAUUAUUAUUAGAGCUCUUAACUGGCAAAUCACCAAAUCAAGCUUCAUUAGGUGAAGAAGGGAUAGAUUUGCCUAGAUGGGUACAGAGUGUAGUGCGGGAGGAAUGGACAGCCGAGGUGUUUGAUAUUGAGCUAAUGAGGUAUCAGAAUGUGGAAGAAGAGAUGGUGCAACUUCUUCAGAUUGGAAUGGCUUGUGUUGCAUCUGUUCCGGAUCAAAGGCCAGCAAUGCAUGAAGUCGUGAGAAUGAUCGAGGAUAUGAAAAGGGGGAGCACUGAUGAUGGGAUGCAACAUUCGUCAGAUGAUCAUCUCAAAGGAUCCGACAGCCAAACGCCACCCCGUGAGUCCAGGAGCUCUCCCCGCGAAAUCACACCUUAG